CUGACUCCACAUGCAGUGAUGUACAGAUACCAUUGCAAGCAGCAAAACUCUCUGAAAACAAGGACAAAUCCUGAAGUAACACAGCUCAGAGAGACAGGAGUCAGUUAUUGCACAUCAAUUGAAAAAGAAGGGAGGAGAGGAACAAUGUGCUAUGUGUUUAUUACUCUGCUGACUGCCGUCUGUUUCAAUUACCGGGGCACGGCUCUUGCGGUCAAUGUUCCAAAACGAGACAUUGGUCGGGUCAUCCAAAUGGACAUGGCUCUCAAUUCAGCUGCUUACCUCUUCACCCAAAGCAGCCAGGCUGAUGACCUGGCCAGGGCCCAGCUGGAGAAGGACAGAAGAGCCAAUAAAGUCUUUGAUAAUGCUUGGAAGAAAGCGAACAGUUGUAUGACCCACAGUGUCAUACCUAGAGGGUUGACAAAGGAUCACAUUCACGCGGUUUACACUUACACAGCGAGUUACAUCGAAGAUGGCCAGUUCUACAAGUUAUUCAAUGAGGCGGUCCGAGAGUACGGAGCAAAUGACACUGUCUACACCCGGGAUUUCAAGUUCAAGAGUUUCCAUUAUUUGUUGACGGUGGCCUUGGAACAACUAAGAAAGGACAAGCCUCACCCGAGGGAACUGACUUACAGAGGGGUCAGACUACCAGUGAAUGCCCUGCAGGGGUCGCAUGUCAGAUUUGGAUUCUUUGCUUCUUCCUCACUGAAUCAAAGCAUUGCCCUCAAUUUCACAAAUUCAUCCUCAAAUCACAACACCUGGUUUCAAAUCCACUCCAGGUAUGGGGUCCCAAUCAUGAACUACUCCUGCUUCCCUGAGGAGAUGGAAGUUUUGAUCCCCCCCUACGAGGUGUUCCGGGUGAAUUUGGUGACUCCCUGGAAGUAUGGCACCAACAUCACCCUCACAGGGGAGGGUAAGCUGGGGGUCGCCGUGCAGGUGGAAAGGGGCAAAAAUGGCAGUCUCGUGGUGGUACGGUGCCGGGGGACGGCCAACUCGCUCUCAGUCGGAUUGUGGAUCCUACUGCUCCUGGUUCUCAUCUCGGUGUAGACCAAUCCUGGGAACACACGCAUAUGGAGCCUCAGGGAAACAAACCUCAUCAAUAGUAUCAAGCAAGGGGGUGGCCAUUCAGUCCACCCAGUCUGCUUAGCCAUUCAAAACAUGUUAAGAGAACUGCCAAUCCCACAUUUCCCACAACUGCACUCUCCUGCCCCAUUGCAUUCAUUUCAGUCAUCUGUCUAUUCCUGCACUAAAGGACAGAGCCCACACAAGGACAUCAUUAUUUUUCACUGCAAUACCGUCCGAGAGGCUAAGGAUCUACAUCGAAUAGAAAUCUUCCAAAGGAAACAGACAAAGUCUUGACCUCAAUCCUCACUAAUGUCCUCCCCCCAGCAAGGCUUGAUGGAAAUAAUUCAAGGUUCCAAGGCAUGGAAGAGACACUGGACAUUGUUGGGUAGCGGUAGCAAACAGCGAUGGGCCAAACGUCUCCUUCUGUCAGUUUUCAAUCUGUUAUUGCAACUCCCCUAACACCAUUCGACGGAGCUUGUCGAUGAACAGCCAUCACCUGAAUCUGGAACGGGGUAGACAGCAUAUCAAACUGUAUCUGAACCUGGACUCAAUCUGGUUCUGGAUCAAAGCAACUCUUGAACUCACUGCCUGUAAUUGACAAUGCUUUCCAAACAAACAGAAUGAUGUUGAAUUGAAGUUUCUCAAAGAGUAGAUGCCUCUUCACCUCUGCAGAACAUUUUGGAGACCGGGGCUCUGGGACCAGGAGGGGGUUUGUUCUCCAGCAGUCGCUCCUUCGGGCAGUUUCAGCAGCAGUGAGGCCCACGGGGAGGGAGAAACUGUACCAUUUAAAGGAAAAACAGGGUGCUGAUGAAUUGAAUUCGUAGAGUCAUCCAGUACGGAAAAAGACCCUUUCAUCCAACUCGUCCAUGCUGACCAGAAAUCCCAAUCUGACUUUGUCCCAUUUGCCAGCAUCUGGACAUAUCCGUUUAAACCCUUUCUCUUCAUGAACCUGUCCAGAUGCCUUUUAAAUAUUGUAAUUGUACCAGCUUUCACUGCUCCCUCUGGAAAUUCAUUCCAUAAAAGCUGCCCCUCAGAUCCUCUUUAAAUCUUUCCUCACUCACCUUAAACCCAAGCCCUUUAGUUUUGGACUCCUCUACCUUCAGGAAAAGACCUUGCUACUUGUCUUGCAUGUUUCAAUAAGGUUGCCUCUCAUUCUCCUAAUCUCCAGGCCCAGUCUGUUCAACCUCUGCUCAUAAGACAAUCCCUCCAUCCGUGGCUGCUGCAGAAUGAACCUACCCUGAGCUGCCUCUAAUGUCUGUAUAUAUUUCUGUAGCUAAGGAGCUGAACUGUAGGGAAGAGAAAGUCAUGUUGAAUGGAAGAACGCAACAAGUUGUAGAAUUAGGCCAUUCAGUCCUGCUAGCUUAUUCUGCCAUUAAAUACUCUAGCAGCGGACCAUGUUUGGAAGACACAAAAUGGACGAUAAGGAUUAAAACAAAAUGGGACACCCUGCUCUAAUAUUUAAGUGAAACAUAAUGGCACCUUUCAAUAAGAUAGCUCCAAGGUCGACAUGGGGCCCUACAAACAACCAUCCGAGACAGUUUGAUAACAGAAUGUCAAAGGAUAGACAAGUGAUUGACUCCAGCCUCAUUAAUGAAAGGAUGUCCUCCCACUAAGUGAAUAACACCAGUUAGAAUAAAUCUCAUUCCAUGAGCCAGUCAGAAAAACUCCCUAUGUAGCUGUAAUAACAAACAGCUAAAGCCAUUUUGCAGCAAUUGGUUGCUUCUUUGAAGUUAUUCACAAUAUUAAGAAAUAGGCUCCAGAUAAAGAUUCUUCAGAUAAUCAUAGGGGUAGAUUUCAACAUUGGGAUAGAUAGACAAAAGUAAUAGAAGCAUUAGGGGGAAAAACAUUUAAACAUAGAUGAGAAAGUUAAUUAGUCUCCGGAAACACUUUCUCUUAUCUCUAAAAAAAAUGAUGCUUGGUAUGCUCCGAAUUAAAUAGAUGGAUCACAACUUGCUAAGUAUAAGAUGCUAACAGCAGAAAUAGCUGUAUAAUUUCAUACUUUGUAACAGAAAUUAAUACAAUGAAACUUAUAGCAGUUAGUUAAAACCAACUGCCGUUUGUAUUUUUUAUAUACACCUUAUUGGGACAGUGAAAAACAUCAGAGGAGUAAUUGAAUUUGAUAAAAGCAGCACAUGGAAUACAAGUGAAUAACAGAAUUCAAGCAGUCCUCAUAGAUAAGGGUGAAGGGUCACAGGACCUGAAACAUUAACUCUGAUUUUCUUCUUCAUCAGAGAUGCUGCCAGAUCUGCUGAGCUUCCAGCAACUUUUGUUUUUGUUCUUGGAGAUUAACAAUGCCUGGUAAACACCACGAGAUCAUGGAAACCUGGGACUGUCCAUAGGAAUGCCCAUCAUUGAUUAGGUACGCCACAAAAUCAGGUGCAUGGAUUAAGGAGGAAGGCCAGGGGCUUCACUGUAUUUGAUUAUUGUAACACAAAAUGUAUAAAAAGGCUGUAUUUGACUGUAAAAAUCAAAAUGCAUCAUUGACCUCUCUUCCAGUCUGAGCCAAAGAUUAAGAUAAUAAUUAUGCUUUCACAUUGAGGCCAGAUUUGGGGAAGGUCAUUUGGCCCUCUCCCUGCAUUUUUGCUUGAAUAAAAAUCUGCAACUUGCCUGAAUCCUGUCUGCCUCCUAAGUCUUUGUCCCAGGUCAAGGGGUACACUCCUACAAAUACAAUCUCAUCUCAUCCUCGAUCCACUUUCCUGCCCACUCUCCGUAAUGCUUUAAUCUAAUUAAACUAACCUGUUACAAAUUAAAAGUCUGUUUGUCUCCUCCUUAAAUUAACUCAUUAACUCAACCUCCACCACACUCUGGUAACGAAUUCCACAGAUUCACAGCCCUUUGA